CUGGAUUUCCUAUUCAAGGUUCGGUGAAAAUUAUGGGCUAUUCUUGUUGGAGAAAAAAUUUGAUUUUUUUGCAGAAAUUCCGAUUCGGUCGGUCGAAAGCGGCGCGACAAAAGAGAAUCGAUGAAAGUUUCAAUGUUUUUGCGAAACGAAAUUUGAACACGUUAGUUGUUUUAUGAUUUUUGGAGGGUCUGGGAGGGUUUUUUGGGAUUGAAAAAUUUAUUUAAAAUUAUUGGAAGUUUUGAAGUGAAAUUUUUAAAAGUUUUCAGAGAACAAGUUUUGAGCUUCUAAAAAUCUGAUAUUUUUAGAUGUGAUAUACGGAAAAAAGUAGAAAUUUAGAUUAAAAGGAUCUAUCAUUGAAUAAAAAUUAAAUUUAGGAUUUUAAAAGUUCCUAGAAAUAAGUUCGAAAUUCCUAAAUCUCUAUUUCACUCAUUUUUAGCUCUCGAUAUUUUAAAAUCCAAAAAAAUCUAUAAACAAAAUCGCAAUUUUUGUAUAAACCUUGAGAAAACAUCUGUCUCACCUACCAAAAAAUAAACAAUUUUCGAAGAGCCAUUUCUAUCCAGAAUUACUCCAGAAUUUUAUUUCAUCUAAAAAAAUCAUUGAGCUGGUCAAAAAGAAUCAAAUUAGAAUUAGAUUUAUUCACUCUAUUUUUCAUAAGUGGAUUUCAAUUUUUAUAUACUCCCACACAUGAAGAUAUUUGAAACGGACUAACAAAUUCAAUUUUCACCCCCUUUUUCAUACGUCACAAGUUUCAAAAAAGAGAAUUUGAUCUUGAAUUUUGAAUUUUCUUUUUUUUUGGAAAAUAGUUGUGCUCGUUAGGAUUAUUCAUAUGAGUUCUCAUUGAAAAUAUUUGAAUAUAUGUUUUUUCUUGAAUUGACGUAGAUAGAAAGAAGUUGAGAAAUCAGGAAUUUAAUAAUUUUCUAACAAUAAGAUCUUCUCCAAUCUGACUUCUAUUAAUUUGAAAGUUCUAGAAAUUUAUAUUAUUUUCGAAAACACAAAAUAAUGCUUUUUGAGAUCAAAGAGUCAAAAAUCGAAAAUUAGUCAUCAUUUCUUCCGGAAAAAUCCAAACUAUACUGAUGUUUCCAAGAGAACCCGAAAAGAACAAUUUUUGAAAAAUCACGAAGAUUUUUUCAUUUUUCAGAAAAAAAAACUGAAUUUUUGAGAAUUUUUCAACAAUUCGAAUACUCUUGGAACAAUUAAAUUUUUAAGGAAACAUAGCCAGACUCUUCAAAACCUAAUACCAUAGGGUUACUGUAGUUCUGACUUUUCAGUUCAAGAAAUCUCUUCUCUCAAAUUACUGUAGUUCGGUUCAGAAAAGUUCUGUUAUUUCUAAAUUUUUGUUCUCUUGGUCUUUUACCAGGAAAUCCAAAUCUAAAAAUUUAUAAUUCACAAAAACAUGUUCUGAAAAUCUUGAGCUUUCUUGAUUAGCUCAAACAAAGCUCAGGAAGUGAUGACUAAAUUUCCGGAUCUAGAAAAAUUAAAACUUAUCAGAAUUCAUUUUUUUCAAAAAUGAGAAAAGAUAUUUUGUUAGCCAAAAUUUUUUAACCCAGUUCUUCUUGCGAAAUAUUUAACUGAAAAAGUUGGUUAGUACAGAUUCAAGUUUUUUUUUUGAGUUUUAGGUUUCAAAAAUCUCAAGACAUUCACAAAAUCAUUUUUCAAAAAAGUUUGAUAAACAUCUACAUAUUCAGAAUCCCUAUAAAUUUCUAUUAUUAAAAAAUAUGAAAAUUUUUGAAAUUUUAGGCAAUCAAACUCUAGAAUGUUUGAAGUCAAAAACUUUCAACUUUGUAACAAAACCUACUUGGAAAAAUUCAUUUUCUCAACACAAAAAAACACCAUAAAACAGAAAGGCACUUUGUUAGCCCAAAAAAGCCUCAACCCAACUCAAUUCUAUUUCUUUUUCUUGUUUUCAAAGACUAAUCUAAUUGCGUAUUUCCAUUUCCACGUCUUCCGGAAAGCCAAAAAAAAAACGAAAAAAAAAAGCCAGGUGAAAUUGAAACUUUUUUCCUUUUUUUCCCCCUUUUUCUUGAGACGACAAAAAUGUCACACAUUCUAGAAAGAAGCUAUUGGCAACAAUGCAUUUUUACACGGUUUUUUCUCUUUCAAAAAUUUUCGACAACUCAGGAUUUCCUUCCUUUUCAUAUAAAUCUGAAUUCUUGAUGAAAAUAAUAAAAAAUGAAAAAUAAUUAGUUCAGGAAAAAGAAAAAAUAGGCUCAAAUUUACAUGAGUUUUUUAUGUGAAUGUGAAGAUUUAAAGUGAGAUCUUGCCGAUUUUUUCGGCUAGAAUAGGUUUUGGAAAAAAAAUAAAUUUGGCCGGAAAAAAUAUGAGAAAGUUCUUUGCUUUUUUUUGUGUUGAAGUUUAUGUUCGCAUUUUUGAUGAGAACUAAUUUUUUUUAAUUUACAGUACCAGAACUGGAAAUUUUGACGUCUAGAAUUGUUGAAAUUUUGAUAACCUUUAUUUUUUGGAAACAAUUUGAAGUUUUCGGACUGAAAUUUUGAUUAAAUAAUUUAUUCGAUUGAAUUUUUGAACUUCGGAAUAAAAAUAUUAAAAAUAUACAGUAAUCAGAAGGCAUUGGAAGUAGAUCUUCAAAUGUAGUUUUGAGUAAGAAAUUCUUAUCAAAAAGUUGUCGUUUCAAGUUUUUAAGAUGUUUUGUGAGAAACUUCGUUUUAGAGCGUUCCAGAAUUUCAGUAUAUUUUCAACAAAAAAAAUCUAAUUACUUAUUUCAGUCUAGACCCGCAAUAAUUUCAAUUUCCAAUUUUCAAAAAUUACAAAACCAUCCGAAAAUUGUUCCAAAAAAUAAUAAACAAAAAUGCUAUAAAUUUCGAAGUAUCCAUUUUUUCCCGACAAUCCAAAAAAAACAUGGCGCUUCACCGAAAAAAAAACUCUUCCCUCUAUAAAUAUUUCGUUUUUUUUUUGUGCUUUCUCUGUCAACUCUCUCAAUAUCCCAUACUCUUUCACAGCCUUCACCUUUUUUGUUGUGCGAUUACAUGCUCUAAAUCGUGGCCCGCGGCCAAAAGAAUUUGGCCAAUUUAUUCUCGUUUUUUCUACUGCGCAAGAAAUAUAAAAAGACGAAAAGAAAAAGCAAUGAGAAAAAAAUGUCUUUUAUUCAUUAUUAUUAUUAUUUUUAGUAUUACUUCUUCUUAUUCAUCUUCUUCUUCGUCUUCUUAUUUUUAAAUUAAAAAACAAAAAAAAACUUUUUUUUUCUGUUACUUUAAAUCUACACGUCAAAAUUUCGCUGUUCAAUAAGUUUAUGCAUCGAAUUGGCCCGCGAAGAAAAGGGUUUCGAGCAAAGUAAGUUUUUGUAAACACAUCGAAAAGCAUCGUGUUCAACAUGAACAAACACAAUCGGUUUCCCCGUGGCCUUGUGGCCUAAUGGAUAAGGCGUCUGACUUCUAAUCAGAAGAUUGCAGGUUCGAUCCCUGCCUGGGUCAAAAUUUUUUCUUUUUUUCAUCUUCAAAUUUUUUUUAAUUUUUCAGACAAAAUGGUUCAUCAAUUUCAAAAGAUGUGAUAGAACCGGUAAUGGCAAGCGGCGUAUGUGUACAUUCCGUGCUUCCCUUCAAAUCCGCAAAUUCUUUGGAUUUAUGUAAGUUUGUACUCAUAAGAAAUACAAAAAAUGUUUUCUAUCGGAGAAAACUCACAUUUUUCAUUCUCAUUUUCUCGAAAUAUUCCCAAAUAUGAAAGACUUCUUAGCUCUACUUAUUUUGAAUCUUCGCCGUUUAUUUCUCAUGCCAUCUUGUGAGUUUGAUAAAUAAAAAAGGAACAUUUAUCCCAGGAGACAUCAAGUUUUUCGAAAUAAAAAACAACAAAAAUUUAUUAUCUUUAAUAAUGAUCUUGUCAGUUUGUUUUUGAUGGAACACCUGACAGAUGAAAAAAAAAAGUUUCACACUUUCUUCAAAAAAAAAUCGUAAAUCUUGUAUAGAUAUAUUUAUAAUAAGAUGUUUGGGAUAAGUUGUGAUUAUCUCGAGAUUUUCUGAAGAAUUCUGUAUUUUGUAUAUCUUCAGGCUCUGACGUAAAAGGUCUAGAUGUCUGUUUAGUUUUCAAAAAAAAACCUACCACAUACAGAAAUAAAUAUUUAGAAUAUCAUUUUUGCAAAACCUAGCUAAGGAUCUCUGCUUUAUCCAGUAUCAUUUUUUGGAAAUCCAAAUCCAAUCAUUUUUAUUAUCAUAAUCUCUGAUAGUUUUAUUGUUAAGAAGAAUAUUAUCGAAAAUCUCAUCGGUACCACGCGCUCCACCGAAAUCAACACGCAACGCAGACCGCGCCGCGCCACAACACACACAAAAAAGGGAGGGAAUUUGAAUCGUUCCCUUCUUUGUGUGUGUUGCGGCGCGGCGCGGUCUGCGUUGCGUGUUUAUUUCGGUGGAGCGCGUGGUACCGAUGAGAUUUUCGAUAAUAUAGAUAUUAUCCCUAUAUUCAAAAAAUCUCCUCCUCCUAUUUUUUCUCAUUUUUUAAAAAUAAUCAUCAUCAGAAGAAGAAGAAGCUCAAGAAGAAACACACCCAAUUUUUUUGCUCAUAAAACUUAUCUUCUUCUUUUUUUCAUCGUUUUUUUUUCGAGCUCGCCAACUUUUCAUUUUCUUUCUUUCCUUCCGUUUUUCUGCUCCACCGAGCUCAUCCUCGUUUUUUUCCCGCUCAAUUUCAUCUUUUUUUCUGAUCCACAAGGUGUUCGAUUUUGUCUUCCCGAGAGACCUCUUUUUUUGACGUAGUAGGCGGUUUUGUUCUGAGUGAGUUGAGAGCACAAAAACAUCAAACAUCUUUUGAUUUUUGAUAGAUUAACUGAACAUCUAGUGAUAGUCCACUCUCAUUUUUCUACAUGUUUAAAAGCUUAGAAGUUUUGUUAUAUAUUUUUUUUUGAAAGAAAACAGAGAAAAACUAGGAAUACUGUAGCUUCAACAUUAUUUAGUUAAGGAUUAGCAUUUAUUUUUCGUAUUUUGGAUUACCUACUGUAAGUUUCAAAAAUCUGUGGAUAAAAUAAUGCAGUUUAAACAAAAUGUUGUCCUAGGAUAAUGUGAAGACCUAAAUUAUAUCCACAUUAUUUCCCCCAAUUGACUUACUGUGAUUUGUUUUUUAAAUGAACGAUAUCUCAAAGUGUACUGUAAAUAACAUAAACGUAGCUCAAAAAUCUUCCCAUCAGAAAAAUAUGUUUUGACUCCAUUUUUUCCAAACAGAAACUUGAAAAUUCUACGUUUCAAUAAAUGUUCAUGCAUUGUUGAAAAAAUAAAUGAUUUCAAUAUAAAAAGUCAGUUUUUAGUUCAAAAAUACUAACUGAUAUUUUUUGUCUUGUCAAUUUUGAAACUUGAGAACUAGACGUAUCUUUUCCGAGAAAAAUGUUAAAAUAACAUUUUCUUCCGGGUCAAAGUAUUUUGAUUUUUUAUCCAAAUUUCGAAGACCUUCAUUAAUCAUAAAAAGGCUUCAAUUGUAGUUUGAUAAGGUCAUAAAAUGGUUUUUCCUAUUUCUGUCCAUAAUUCAUGUUGAUCCUUUUUUUCUCUUUUUCUCAUUUCAAAAAACUUCCACGAAUCGUUUUCCCAUUCACCAGAAAAAUAGAGAGCUCGUUGAAUUAAAUCCAACUUUUUUUUCUAUUUUUCAUUUCGAAUCCAGGAAAAAGUGUGACCUUUUUGCGUCAAGCCAUAUGUUGUUUUUGUCUUCUAUUUUUCAUCGAUCUUUGAUUGUUCCCCUGAAAAACCUCAUUUUGAGAAGACGAAAAAAAACAAAAAGCAAAACCCGGCCGACAAGUGUUUUUGUUCAGUUUGUUGUGUUUUUUUUUUCGAAAACAAUACAUAUUAAAAAUAAAAAUAGACAAAAAAUAAAAAUAGAUUUUAUUUCAAUUUUUGCAGCACAAAAACGAGCUGAAAUGCAUCGACAAGGCACAAAUCAAUCGGUUUGUUCGGAAGGCGAUGAAUUCACUCAAGAAGAGUUGCAGGAAUUUGCGCAGGCGUUUAAGGUGAGCAAUGGGUACUGUAGAAUUUAUAUUCAAUUUUAUGUUCAAGAUAAUGUAAUUGUUGAUUAAAGUUCAACUUCAAAACAGUAAAGUUAAUCAGUGUAGAACAAUUAUAUGCAUAUUACUGUAACACCUGACUUUCAGCAAAAAAAAAAAACAACGAAAUAUUUCUGAUGUCAUUUUUCUCUUGUUUUGUUAAAGACACACAAUCCACUAGAAAUGAACAGAAAAUGAGUUUGUUAUUCUUUCAUAACACCUUUCAAGUAAUCGGAAUUCAUAAAACACAAGAAAAAAUUUUGAGUCUGGCAAAAGUGAAAAAAACAAAUUAAUUGUUUUUGAAAUCGCUCAGCCGACGGGAUUUUCGAAAGAGUUUGCACACAACGAAGCAAUAGAGCGCACAUGCUGUUUUUGUCAUUUGAAAAUAAAUGCGGGAAAUCUGUUUUUUCCAGUGGCUGAUGUGUCUUUAAGCUCUGAUCUUCUCUAAAAAUUUAUACCAUGGCUAAAAAUAAAUUAUAAUUAUAAAAAGAUCUCAAGAGAGUUUUUUUUUGUUUUUUUAUCAAUAAAGUUUGCCAAAUUCAAGCGAUCAUUACAAGUGUUUUGCAGCUUUUUGAUAAAGAUGGCAAUAACACAAUGAAUAUCAAAGAACUUGGUGUCGCAAUGCGAACUCUUGGAUUAAAUCCAACCGAAGAAGAACUUCUCAAUAUGGUCAAUGAAUAUGAUGUGGAUGGAAAUGGAAAAAUUGACUUUGGGGAAUUUUGUAAAAUGAUGAAAGAAAUGAACAAGGAAACCGAUCAGGAAUUGAUACGAUUAGCUUUCAAGUUAGUUUAUGAAUUUCAAAAAUAAAACUGUCAAUAAUCCAAAUUCUUAUGUUAGUAUCGCUUCAAAAAAAUCUGUGAUUUGAAUUUUCAAAUGAUUUUUUUGUUGAAAUUAUUUAUGAAGAUCUAAAAAAUCAAUAGGAAUUUCAAAAAGUUAGAACGCAAAAAAAAACAAUCAAAAAUUUCGAAGAAACAUUGAACACCGAAACAAAAAAAUCCCCAAAUUAUCUCAAUGUUUCGUUUUUGCAGGGUAUUCGAUAAAGAUGGUAACGGGUAUAUAACUGCACAAGAAUUCAAACAUUUUAUGACAACAAUGGGCGAAAGAUUCAGCGAGGAAGAAGUUGAUGAAAUCAUUCGAGAAGUCGACAAAGAUGGUGAUGAACAAAUUGAUUUAGACGAAUUCGUUAAUAUGGUUGCACCAAUUGUCUCAGAAGGUAAUAAAACUGAUCCAUUUGCUGAACCAUCGGCAACUGCUACUUCAACUACACAAGUCGCUAAAUAA